CAGAACAGAGCCAGCUUCCUCCGUGGUUUCACUGGAAAUCCUGAAACGUGAACCAUUCCCGUGGCUCCAGCACUGGUCUCACUGCAGUGUGCCCUUACUCCCAAAGCGCUCCUGUUGCAGACAGAAGUGUGAUGAGCUGGAGAUGGAGGAUGAGGAAGGCUACACCGCUUUAAAUUUACGACCCUCAGCUUCAGUUAUUACUUCUGGAUAUUCGAGCAGCAACAAAUGUUCUACAUUCAAGGCUCCGGCCAGUUGUGUCAGAGUAGACAGAGCCUCUUCCUCGUCUUCCAUAUGGCGGACAGUGGCCUUUGUUUUCCUCGUGUUGUGCCUGGUGUUGCUGUCGGGGCUGGUAGCCCUGUUGGCCCUGUUUUUUCAGGUUUCCAAGGAUCCUGAGGAAGGAAAGAAGCUGCGGGAAAUGAGGGAAGCGUUGUGUUUGGAAGGGAAGGAGAAAAACGGGACAAAAUGUGCCGUCUGUCCAGCCAGCUGGGUAAACAGCGGAGCUGACAGCUGCUUCUACAUUUCAAAGGAGAGGAAAACAUGGAAGCAAAGCCAGGAGUUCUGCUCCUCGAGGAACGCCACUCUUCUUGUGCUGAAAGACACAGCAAAGAUGGUUUCUCUGCCACAGGAUUCACAGCUCUACUGGGUUGGAUUAUCAUACGUACACGAAAGGAAUGGCUGGUACUGGGAGGAUGGAACGGCUUUUUCAAAAGAAGUGACAAAACGGGCCGUGUUAUAUGACAACAUCUUCUGUGCUUCUGUCUAUGGACAGAUUAUUUAUGCCAGCCACUCCUGUUCAACAAAGCAAUUAUGGAUCUGUGAGAAAGGGGCCGUUCAUUUCACCUGAAGAGGCAUUGCAAGAAGGGAUGUGGGAUCUGCUGCUGUGAGAUACCAGCUUUAGGAACUGGAACUUUUAAAUGUAUUUUUAUUUUUGUUUGUUUAGCAUGCAGUUUUCUCAGAAUAGUGAUUCAAAUGGACAGGUCAUUAGAGAUCAAAUCUUCCUCUUUGCCUGCAUUUUCCCUCCCUGGCUCACAAAUGAGAGAGAGAAAAAAAUACUACAAAGCUAAAAACCACAGGCCUAAGAAGCAACAUGAAGGAAUUAGCUACAGUCAAGCAAUGAGUAUUGUGUGUCUCUUUAGGUUGACAGCCACACAUUCUUGUAGGUCUCUAUAUUUCUUGAGCUUUAAUCAGCACUUUACGCUAACACCUGGCAGUCAUAAACCAGCUGCAUCCUUGAUAAUUUACUGUCUGAGUUACUUACUCUACACACUAACUACUCUCCACCCAUAAUUCUCUUCUAGAUCAGUUUGCCAAGGCAUACCUUCUUUCCUAAAUCUAUUCUUCUCUCUGUUCCCCUGUUUAAGGUAUAGAGAUACAGAAAGAAUGCAAGGCUCUAUUAAUCCAUAAAAUUCUUUUCACAUAUGCAUUAACAUUUAUAGAAAAAAAUAUAUAUUUUCAGAAGACUACAGGGAAUGUCUUGAAACAAUUUCUAUUAAAAGUAGAGUCAAAUGUCAUGGCUGAAUUAAAACAUUACCUGAAUAACUUCAAUGCAACCAUAGUGUUAAUUGCUGUGCGAAUAACAGGGAGGAUAAUAGUUAUGUGUUCCAUUCAGAGCUACACACAGUCACUCAAACUGAUGCAGAAUCCAUUGCCACAAAUCUUACUUGACCUCUUGUAUUAUAUCUACACUGUUUGGGUUCUCUGGAGUCCAAGGUAAGUGCUAUGCAUCAUGUGUUAUUAAAGCACUUGUCAUACUUCUUGAAAGAAUAUGAUGCCUCCACUUUUCUGGGUGGAGUUUCAUUGCAGGAGUUCUUUGAAGUUCUGUAUGUCAGCAUCUGGUUUGUAUUACAUACGCACAUAUUCCUUGUAUAUAUAUUCCUUAUGUCUAUGUGUAUAUGCCUUAGUAUUUGGAGACUUUCCUAAAAAUAAAUGAAAAAAUAA